AUGAGCAUAGUCGCUGUAGGAGCCUCUCGUGGUGACCCUCGUACCCCUGUCUUUGAGGGGUGCUCCCCCUCUCCCCUCCUGCCCUCUGUUGCCUCUGCUGCUGCGGCCGACCUCGUUGGUCUUGAGUCGGUCGCUGCGGCGUCUGCCCCUAGCGGGAGACGCCGCCCUGGCAAGGGCAAGGGGGGCAAGGGUGCUGGAGGGGCUGGAGGGGGCGGUGGAGGCGGAGGUGGAGGUGGUGGAGGGGGUGGGGGUGGCGGUGGGGGUGGUGGCGGGGGUGGGGGCGUCGGUGGCGGCAGUGGAGGCAGAGGUGGCGGAGGUGGCGGUAGUGGAGGAGGUGGCGCCGGAGGAGGUGGAGCUGGUCGGGGUGGCGCUGCACAGAGGGUUGGCUCCGGUGGUGGUACGCGCCAGCAGCAGCAGCGUACUCGUGAGACCCCUUCCCCCCAGCAGCUUCGUGAGUGGUACACUGCUCGUCAGCGGGGCGGGGGUGCUGGCCCCUGUACCUACGUUCUCCGUACCGGCGACCGCACGGGUGAGCAGUGUGGGGGGGCGCACUCCACCCAGCGCUGCUUCGGCCGUCUGACGGACGCGUGGCGUCACCAGUUCCCCGACGCUACUGAGAUCCCUCGCUGGGGCGAGCUGUCUAGGGCGGGUGUUGCGAUCUUUGAUCUUGAUUAUGAUGCUAUUCUUGCUGCCAUGUAUGCUGUGACUAUUAGUGAUGAGGGUGACUGUUACCGGUGUUUUCCGCCUGACCCAGGCAUAGAGGCUGCUGCGCUAGGUGCUUGUGAGGCUGCUGCUCUAGGUGCCAGUGCGUCUGCCGCCCCAGGUGCCGGUGAGUCUGCGCUCUCAGGUACUGCGUCGUCACCUGCCACCCACACCUUCACCCUUGACUCGGGUGCUUCCCGCUCCUUCUUUCGAGACUGCACCACUCUCACGCCGCUCAGUCGGCCCGUUGCAGUCUCCCUGGCAGACCCCUCUGGGGGUCCUGUUCUUGCCCACUACUCCACUGUCCUACCGUGUCCAGCGGUCCCGUCUGGCUCCCUGUCGGGUCUUUACCUCCCCUCGUUCUCUACGAACUUGGUGGCGGGCGCUGACCUACAGGAUGGGGGGGUUGACCAGUUCACCCCUGCGCGUCAGCGGGUGACCCACUGCACGUGUGCGGACACGGGCCGACACUUGGCCACGUUUACCCGUCGGCCGGGGUCGAGCCUGUACACACUGACUACUGAGUCUCCUCCAGUCACUGAGUCUGCUCAGGUAGCGGCGUCGGGUCAGGUGUUUGCUGCGGCGUCCAGGUCUGGUCCUGAGUCUGCCCCCUGCUCGUGUCGUCUCCUGUCCCACCGGACUCUCCUCUGGCACCACCGCCUUGGUCACCCCUCCCUGCCUCGUCUUCGAGGCAUGGCUUCCCGUCUUCUUGUCUCUGGCCUCCCCCGGUCCCUCCCUCCCCUUCCUCCGGGGCCUGCCCCCACCUGCGUUCCCUGCGUUGAGGGGCGGCAGCGCGCUGCUCCUCACUCCUCCGAGUUUCCUCCGACAGAGGCUCCGCUGCAGACGCUUCACAUGGACGUGUGGGGCCCAGCCCGCGUCCGUGGGCAGGGUCACGAGCGUUACUUCCUGCUGGUGGUUGACGACUACUCGCGUUACACCACAGUCUUCCCCUUGCGCAGCAAGGGUGACGUCACUGAGGUGUUGAUCGCCUGGAUCCGCGCAGCUCGUCUCCAGCUCCGGGAGAGUUUCGGCUCUGACUUUCCUGUUCUGCGUCUGCACUCCGACCGAGGCGGAGAGUUCUCCUCUGACCUUCUGCGGGCCUUCUGUCGUGCACGAGGCAUCCGCCAGACCUUCACGCUUCCGGACUCUCCACAGCAAAAUGGGAUUGCUGAGCGCCGCAUUGGCAUGCUCAUGAACGUCGCUCGUACGUCCAUGGUCCAUGCGGCUGCCCCCCAUUUUCUGUGGCCGUUUGCGGUUCGGUACGCGGCGCAUCAGAUCAACCUUCACCCCCGGGUCUCCAGGCCGGAGACCUCCCCUGCUUUACUGUGGACGGGGAAGGUUGGCGAUGCGUCUGCGUUCCGUGUCUGGGGAUCUCGGGCGUUUGUCCGCGACUUGUCUGCGGACAAGCUGUCCUCUCGUGCUGUUCCCUGCGUCUUCCUUGGCUUCCCUCCUGACGCGCCAGGCUGGCAGUUCUACCACCCCACCUCGCGCCGUGUUCUGUCCUCCCAGGACGUCACCUUUGACGAGUCGGUUCCCUACUACCGUCUCUUCCCCUACCGCACUGCGUCCCUCCCUCCCCCGCCGCUCUUCCUUACGCCAGGUCCCCCUCCGGUAGACCCCCUCCCCCCUCAGGGUCCUGCUCCCUCAGGUGUGUCCCAGGUAGAUGCAGUCGAGCCUGUCGAGGUAGCUGUUGACUCUGGUACUGCUGGUGGUGCUGGGCCUGGGGGUGCUGGGUCUGGGGGUGCUGCGCCUGAAGGUGUUGAGCUUGGGGGUGCUGCGCCUGGGGGUGCUGAGCCUGGGGGUGCUACGCCUGGGGGUGCUGAGCCUGGGGGUGCUGAGCCUGGGGGUGCUGAGCCUGGGGGUGCUACGCCUGGGGGUGCUGAGCCUGGGGGUGCUGUGUCUCGUAGUACGGCGCCUGAGGGUGCUGGGCCUGCUCGUGAGGCGUCUGGUGGUGCUGGGCCUGGCGGUGCUUCGGGUGCUUCGUCCCGGCGGGAGCUACUCUCUCCACAGGAGCUGCGUGAGUGGUUCGCCCGGCGCUGGCGGCGUGCUGCUGGAGCUGGUGGUGCUGCGGACGCUGGAGGUUCUGCUGCUGCUGAGGGUGCUGGUGCAGAGGGUCCCAGAGGUGCUCGUACAGGGUGUACUGGAGCUGCUGGGCCUACGGGUGCUCCUCCUGCUGGAGCUGGUGGUGCUGCUGGUGCUCCUGGCGCUGGAGCUGCUGCGUCUUCGGGUGGUUUGCCUGGCGCUGGAGCUACUGGGGGUGUUGGCGCUGGAGGUGCUACUGGCGCUGGUGCUGCUGAGGGUGCUGGAGUUGGAGCUGCUGGAGCUGGGGGUCCUCCUGGUGCUGGUGCUCCCGUUGGGAGUGCUGCUGCUGUUCCUGCUGGCACUGGUGGCGCUGCGCGGCCGCGGCCGUACUUCGUUCCGCUCCUUGAGCAGGUUCUUGGUCUUCCGUCCUCUCUUGGUCCUGCUCCUCCCUUAGCGUGUCCGCCUCCUGUCCAGACUGAGUCACAGUUACAGCCAGCCUCCCCGCUUCCUUCUCCUUCUCCCUACACUGGUCCUACUGGAGGUCUUGCUGAGCGUCGUGAGCCUGCGUCUCGCCCUGCGUCGCCUGUCCGUGCUGCUCGCACUAGUGGUCGUGGUUCGCGUCAGCGUCCUCCCCCUGUCCCCGGCACGCACCGGAUGUCUCUGCGUCCUUCCACUGCUCCGCUGCGUGCCCCUUUGCCCUCUCCUCCCGCGUCCUCUCUUCCUGAGCUUCCUGACCCUGAGUCGGACUCCCUUCGUGCUGCGCGUCCUACUGUCACACGUCUCCUUGCUACUGUCGUCACUGACCCUUCCUUUGAGUCUACUGCUGCGUCUGCCCUCGUUGCUGAGCUUGUCGACUUCGCUGCUCGCUGUCGCCUAGACUACGCUGCCAGUCUCGUCGCUGAGUCUGAGUCUGUCUGUCCUCCGUCCGUCGGGGGUGAGUGUGCUCUUGGCACGGACGUCCUUGAGGACAGGCAGGAGGAGUUCCAGUGCUUGGCUGCUGCUUCACCUCAUCUCGUGUCCAUGCUGCUUGCCCCUGAGGGAGACCCGGAUGCACUUGACAUCCCGACUCCGCGCUCUUACGCGGAGGCGAUAGAGGGUCCCUACUCCUCUCAGUGGCAGGCAGCCAUGGAUGCAGAGAUGGCUUCCUGGAAGUCCACAGGCACCUACGUUGACGAGGUUCCCCCGCCUGGGGCGAACAUCGUCAGUGGCAUGUGGAUUUUCAGGGUGAAGCGGCCGCCGGGUUCUCCGCCUGUCUUCAAGGCGCGUUACGUGGCUCGUGGCUUCAGUCAGCGGCAGGGAGUUGACUACUUUCAGACCUUCUCUCCCACCCCGAAGAUGACUACUCUUCGGGUACUGCUGCACAUAGCCGCUCACCGAGACUACGAGCUGCACUCUCUUGACUUCAGCACUGCUUUCUUGCAGGGCAGCCUGCACGAGGAGAUCUGGCUGCGCCGCCCACCUGGCUUCACUGGGACUUUUCCUCCUGGCACCCAGUGGAGCCUCCGGCGGCCAGUCUACGGUCUCCGCCAGGCGCCUCGUGAGUGGCACGACACAAUGAGGACUACACUUGCGGCUCUUGGGUUUGCUCCUUCUACUGCCGACCCGUCGCUGUUUCUGCGCACCGACUCUUCCUUGCCGCCGUUCUACAUCCUCGUGUACGUCGACGACUUGGUCUUUGCUACAGCUGACACUGCUGGACUUGCCUACGUGAAGUCCGAGCUGCAGAAGAGACACACGUGCACAGACCUGGUCACAUAUGGUGCAGCAGGUCCUUCAGCGCUUCGGCUUCACGUACUCCUCGCCUCAGGCCACUCCUCUGCCUACACGCCACUCGCUCUCAGCUCUGCCUUCGGAUGA